UGUUUGUCGGUCGUCGCGGGGAUUUUUUGGUCGCUGUCGUAAUCGCAAUGGCUGCCCUGGCUCGGCUGGUUGGUGAACCUUGAGAGCUACUCGAAGCUAUCGCAACGGAUGUUGUUCUUGCUCUUGUCGCUCGGAUUGGGGAAGAUUAUGGGGUUGUCGAGAUCGGGCAAUCCAGCUUUCAUUGUUUGUUCCUUGGAAUCAGCCAGGCUUUGGGUGUCGUGGGAGAUGACCAAGAGACCCGGCGGCCAUGGAAUGGGCUCCGGCUCGCUUGUUGUUCUGGUCAAAGGAGCUGUCCAUGUCAUAACCGUCACAGGGUCCCGGAAACAGUCCACAUGCCGUCCAGGAACCUUUCAGUGGCUUCUUUGCUGAAAGACGACCUGGAAGCAGGAACCUUGGCGGCCGCCUCGACCCCGCCAUUGGGCCGCGCGGCGGGCAGUGCGAGAGCAGA